AUGAUGAACGUUUUGGAGGACGUUCCUUUUCAGACCCCUGUGAGUCCGCUGGGGGUGGAAGUACAGCCGACUUCACUGGAGAUGACGGCUCCAGACUGCCAUCAGAUUAUGCAAGAAACUGAGUAUGGAUUUAACCUGGAGAGAUGGAUUUUAAGCAGAGAGCAGCCAGCCUCUCAGGCUCCAUCCUGCCCCCCCUACUGGCUCAUGUUCAGCAGCCCUCAGGAGACUCACAGGCUCAGUCAGUGGGACAGUGAUCUGUGGGCCCCCGGCCACAGCCUGAGUUCAGCAGACGUCCACCGGUUGCACCGUCGUACUGUCAAGUUCCUCCUAACGGACUCUGAUGAAGAGGAAGGCUCUCGUGAGAACAAAGGGUCCUCCUCUGAAGGUGUGCUUCACCGAGUCAACAGCACAGAGCGGCCCCGGAGUGCUGCACCCAAAGACCCGGUGUCCAGAGUCAGAGACAUGCACCUUGGUUAUCCUUCACAUGGAGGCAAGCCUGUUACAUCACAGACCACUCCAGACUGCAGACGAGCCGUGUGUGCCCCGGAGCAGCACAUGUGGCAGCAGGCCAGCCCCCGCUCACUGGGGCCUAAAAACAGCAAGAGGCAGCACUCACUGAGCAGAAAGUUCUCCCUAAACCCACCUCCUGCUGGUCUGUCCAGGCUCCAGCAGCAGCGACCCUCCUCUGCAGGACCAGUGGUCAAAAACCGCAGGAAGAAGGUCCUCACAACCAGUGGCCCUCGUGGGGUUUUCUUUGACUCGGCAGCAGAGCUUCUGACGGCUCUGAGCCAAGAGGAGAGGGAGUUACUUGAAACCAUCACAGAGAAAGGAUACCCGUUACGCACCGCUAUCCUGGCUCUGCAGAAAACAGGAUAUCAGAGUCCAGAAAAGGUCCUAAAAUACCUGGUUUCCAGCGACCGGCUCUGUCAGCUGGGUUAUGAUGAAGCACAAGUGGAAGAAGCUCUGGAGAUGUUUCAGAACUGUGAGAGCAAGGCUGCUGAAUUCCUGCGCCUGUUGACUCAGUUUAAUGAGAUGGGCUUCCAGCAGAGUGCCAUCAAAGAGGUGCUGCUCGUUCAUGAAAACCACCGGGAGCGGGCCCUAGAGGAACUCAUGACACGUACCAUGGCUUAG